UCACUUAACCGUUGUGUUUCUUAGAUACAACCUCUGUUUUCGUCAGUUUUGAUGCUUUUCUUUCUGUCAAAGCAAUUACUUUUGUUGCUUUUUGUCAUUCCAUUGAAUUUCUUUCUUUGCUUUGAUAUUGUUGAAAUAUCCUGGAUAUAACUACACAUGCGAAACGAAUUAAAUUUGAAACUGAAAAUCAACUUAAAGUUUUUCUAUGUAUAUAAAUACGAAUUUAUAAAUCAUUCUAGGAGGCUCAUUCUUUUAAAGUUCCUCAUAUAUUUUUAAUUAUUGGCAACAAUACGCUAGGAUACAAUAAGAUAAGAUCCGAAAUGUCUGCAGAUUAUAAUGACAGAUAUGUAUUUGAAGCUGAAUGGUAUGACAAAAUUGCCUGUAUGCGGAAGAAAUUUUAUUUGUAUUACUAUCCAUCUGAUAAUACUAUCGAAUUGUUUGAUCUAAAAACAAAGAAGACAUUCCUAAGAAGAACAACAUGUGAAGGUAUUAAGAUUAAGGAUUUUUAUAUUGGUACAAUAUUGACAAUAUUUUCAAGAUGUAUGAAAAUCACAGGUUAUGCAGAUACCUAUACCAAAAUGAAAAUAGAAACACAAUUACAAAAAGUUUUUGUACUUUUGAAACCAGACGUUGUUGACAAAAUGGGUGAAAUAUUAAAAAUCAUUACAAAUAAUGAUUUUUGUAUCAGAAAUAUAAAAAUGAUAAGAUUAACUCCAAACGAUAUUAUAGAAUGUUGUCUUGCAAAAGAUGUAGUUGAUAAGACGUCUAUUAUAAAUUAUCUUACUUCUGGCCCUGUUGUUGCUUUAGAAUUAUUAGGAAGAAAUGGUAUAAUGAAAUGGCAAGAACUAGCAGGUCCAGAAGAUAGCAAGCAUGCUCGUUCAGUAGCAGCAUCUUCAUUAAGAGCUUGCUAUGGAAAAGACGAAAUAUAUAAUGCUGUAUACGGAUCCAAUGAUGCUGAAACAGCAAUACAGGAGUUACAAUAUUUUUUUCCUGAUUCAAAAAAUAAGAAUAAAGGUCCAGCAAAUACUGCAACACUACAAAACUGUACCUGUUGCAUUAUCAAACCACAUGCUGUACAGGAAAAGCUUCUUGGUGACAUUAUCGAUGACAUUCAAAAAGCAGGUUACAUGAUCACUGCAGCACAACAAUUUUAUCUUAAUCCAAUUAAUUCCGAAGAAUUUUUAGAAAUAUAUAAAGGAGUUCUUUCUGAAUAUACCGCAAUGGUAACAGAAUUACAAUCAGGUCCAUGUAUUGUUAUGGAAAUAAGUCAUAAAGACGAAAAUCCUAACAUAGUUGCAGACUUCAGAAAUUUAUGCGGUCCAAUAAAUCCAGAUAUUGCACGGCAAGUCAGACCGAAUACACUUAGAGCCAAAUAUGGAAAAACGAAAAUACAAAACGCUAUACAUUGUUCUGACUUGCCGGAAGACGGUACAUUGGAGGUAAAAUUUGAAUUGCACUUAUUU